AUGGUGGGCAGCUGUGUUACCGCUGCCCUCUUCCCGCUGCAGGCUCUUCAUCCCAAUGACAGGGCAGUCCACGGGACGGCUGAUUUGGACUGCUUCAUUACCCUGUCCACCCACCCAAUUAGGGGCCAGAUGGCGCUUCUGGCCAAUCAAAUCAUGGAUGCAAGGAUUCUCAGCAGUAUGAACGGAAGAGUAGAGCUUUCACAGUUCCUGAGAGUUACCAGUCAAAGCAUUGCCUCGCAGGUAAAUUCUGCCCAGGAGGACAGCCGCAAGAAUAGAAAGUACCCCUGUCCAUUGUGUGGAAAGCGCUUCCGCUUCAACAGCAUCCUCUCGCUUCACAUGCGCACUCACACCGGUGAGAAGCCUUUCAAGUGCCCGUACUGUGACCACAGGGCCGCACAGAAGGGCAACCUGAAGAUACACCUACGUACGCACAAGCAAGGCAUUCUGGGAAAAGGCCGUGGGAGGAUCAGGGAGGAGAACAGGCUGCUCCAUGAGCUUGAGGAAAGGGCAAUACUGAGAGACAGGCAGAUGCGAGCCGGACAAGUUAGCCAGCAGCAGCCUCAAACGUCUAAUAUUAACAAAGUUCAAAAGCCCCUGCUGCAGACCGUCCCGCCGCCACCUCAGUUCUUAACCAACUGCAGCGCACCGGAGAGCCAGCCACACGCGUCCACCUCCCCCAAGGUGACGACCGUCCACGAUGAGUCCACCCAGCCCCAAACCAACGGCUUCCGCUGCUCCUUCUGUAAGGGAAAGUUCAGGAAGCAACAGGAACUCGAGCGACACAUCAGGAUCCUGCACAAACCCUACAAAUGUACCUUGUGUGAGUUUGCCGCCUCACAAGAAGAGGAGCUCAUCGGCCACGUUGAAAUGACGCAUAUAACUGCCGACUCAGGCUCGGGACAGAAGCCUGCCGUGGGGUCUGGCGACAAGGGGAAACCCGUUGGUGAAUUCCCCUGUGAGGUGUGCGGUCAGACCUUCAGCCAGGCCUGGUUCCUGAAGGGUCACAUGAGGAAACACAAGGACUCUUUCGAGCACUGCUGCCAAAUCUGCGGCCGCCGUUUCAAGGAACCCUGGUUCCUCAAGAACCACAUGAAGGUCCACCUCAAUAAGCUUUCCGCGAAGAGUAAUCUCCCCGCUGACCGCGACUCCUCUGUUGAGAUGAGUAACCUAGCGCGAGACCAUCCGGGCAACCUCUACUCCCAGUACAUCUCCCGCAUUCACAACAGGUUCCUGACAGCCGACAGAGCCGACCAGCCAGAUUACAACCAGAUGAUGGCCACAGCAGGCGUUGACAUGACUGUCAGAGAGAUGUUGGGGAGGAUGAUUUCCUCGGGGCCUCUGACAGAUGCCGAGUCGUCUUCUUUGUUGGGCUUGAGUCCUCUCCACCCUCCUUUGGCCUCCACACAUGGCAUGGAAUAUCUGCAUAAAAUCAUCUCUAACCGAGAUACUCUCAACAACAACAGCAGCAGCAGCAGCAAUAGCUACGCAGGUUGGCAGAUCAUUACGCCAGGGCUGCCUAUUGACCAGCAAAUGUUCGGUCCCAAAGACCAGCCGCAGCAGUGCUCCUCCUUCCUGCCUGAGAGAUGUCCCCCUUUAGGGGGUGAUGGGAAACUGUGUCUUGGUGACCCAGACGUCAAGGCUGGCAGCAGACCGGGGAGCCCUGGCAGCAUAAGCCAUCAUGGGCCAACAGAGAUGAUCCCAGAAACAGGAAACUCCCACUCUGGCAGCGCUCUGGACCAUCGACCACAAUCUUCUUCUCCCGCUACAGGUGAGAAAGCCUACAGGUGUCCACUCUCCAGCGACUACGCCGCUGCACACACAGCCCCCCUCGGCUUCCGUCUGGAUCGCUACCACUACACCCACUGGCAGAACAACAGGGACCUCUCGCCUCCGCUGCAGCCCAGCAGCAGCAGCAGCAGCUCCAGCCCGAACCCCAAGCUCAGACCGAGAUCCAGGGAAGACUGGAGCCCAGCUGCUGGCCAGUACCUCGGCUUGGAGAGUGAAAGCGCCUUGCUCCUCAACAAGCAGUCCGACCUCUCCGACAAAGACGCAGGUGUCGACGGGUCUUCGUCUGGUCAGGCCAGGAAGUCUCAGUAUGAGCCCUUGGAUCUGUCUGUCAGGCCCGAGUCCGUCCCAUCUCAUUCAGCUGCGUCCCCUGCCGCACUGGUACAGAUGUCUGCCGUUUUUAGUAAUGGACUGUCUUCCUCCAUUACCCGCCGGCUACAAAGUUACUCUAAUGCACCAGCUGAACUCGCGUAUCAGUGUGACCUUUUGGACCAGGGAACAAAGGAAGAGAUGAGUGCACAGAACGCAGGCUCCACAGGUCACAACGGAGAAGGCGAAUACGAGCGACCUGAGCAAAGGAGGGAGGACGAAAGCGACGACGCCGCCAAGUGGAAGAUGCUUAAAAAUAACGAGUCGAAGGAGCUGGGCCAGGCUGACUUCGAGGGUCCCGGCGAGAAGAAGCAAGACAAGAUGGGAGAGUGGGGCAGAGCCCUGGCUGACUCCCCCAUCUCCUCCCUGGAGUGCUUGACCCCCGGACAGGCCGACCCACUCCAGCACCAGGGCGGCCUCCUCUCCUUCCUCAGAGCCCAGGGGAACCUGACCAGCACCGCCGCACACAAACUCAGUCUGAAUGGCGUGGCCAAGGUGGAGACAGAUGUUACAUCAGCUCGAAAGCCGUUCCAGUGCAGGUACUGCCCUUAUAGUGCCUCCCAGAAGGGCAACCUGAAGACCCACGUCCUCUGCGUCCACCGCAAGCCCUUCGACAACAGCCUCUACCCCGACCGCCGCCUACGUCGCUCGCACACGCCCCAGACGCCCUCCGGUUUGCCUCCGAGUCUCCCAGGAGACAACCACGCGCCUGGGAGAGACCAGAUCGGCAUGACAUCACUCUGUGGGACUUGAUGCUGUCAUAGCAACAGCAGAUACAGACAGUUAUGAUUAUUGUUUAGCUUCACCUCAAACGGGUUAGAACUGGCUGAGAUUGUUAAAAAAAAAAAAAAGAAAGAAAAAAGAAAAAAGAA